AUGGGGGUCCUCAAUCCCUGGCCAAGGCACCUCGCCACCACCAACCGCCGCCUAACCUUCCUCAUCUUCGCGACCCUCGCCACCACCUUCAUACUCUUUACCGGCAGACGCAUAUACACCGACGAAAACUCCCUCCGGGGCGAGACGGGCAGCGGCCCGGCCAUCGAGCUCGAAGGCAAGACAUUAACCUACCUCGUCGAGAACAUCGAGCAGACCGCGCAGUACUACCACCUGUACCGCGUCGCCGCGCCGUGGGCCGACGUCUUUGGCGAGGUCGGCCAGCGCGCGGUGGCCAUCCGGAAAUGGGUCUCGCUGGCGGACGCCCUACCCCAAAGCGACGAGCGAACGCGCCUCGAAGACGCCGUCGAGCUAGCCUUAGCCGCCACUUUCCCCUUCCUUGCGGACCCGCCCAACGGCUCACGAGCGCCGUUCCAGAGCCUCCGUCGCCGAUUCCGCACUGACCCCUCGCAGCCCGGCAGCCGCGGUAUCGUGAUCCCCGCCGGCAAGGGUAACCUACGCAUGGCGUGCCAGGCCAUCGCCACUAUCUCGCACGUCCUCAACUCGUCCCUCCCCAUCGAGCUCGCGUACGGCGGCGACGAGGACCUCGGCCCCCAAGACCGCGCCUUUGUCCGGAACCUCUUUCCCGACGCCGACCUGAGCUUCCUCGACGUCCUGUCCGUGUUCAACGAUGCCGAGCUCCAGCUAGCCAAGGGCCGCUGGGCUAUCAAGCCUUUUGCCCUGCUCGCGAGCCGGUUCUGCGAGGUGCUCCUCGCCGACGCCGACGCCGUGUUCGUCCAGGAUCCCGAGGCCGUGUUCCGCCAGGGCGGCUACCAGCGCAAGAAGGCGCUCAUGUUCCACGACCGCCUCAUCGACAAGGCGCGGUACAAGAACCGCCAGGCCUGGUGGCGCAAGCAAGUCGUCCACCCCAGUGCCGAGGUGGACAAGUCGCUGUCCUGGACGGAGGACUACGCCGAGGAGGGCGACUCGGGCGUGGUGGCCGUGGACAAGAGCCGGCUCGACGUGCUGUUUGGCAUGCUGCACGCCGCGUGGCAGAACUCCAAGGACGUGCGGGAGAGCGUCACGUACAAGGUCAUGUACGGCGACAAGGAGUCGUACUGGUUCGGCCUGGAGCUCGCCGAGGGCCCUUACGAGUUCGAGACGCACUACGGAGGUGUCGCCGGGUGGCUGGGCGACGAGUCGGGCCCCCGCGAGGUGGACGAGCCGCAGGUGUGCUCCUACGUCAUCGCGCACCCGGACGACCAGGACCGCGACUUGCUCUGGUACAACGGCAGCCUGCUCAAGAACAAGCUCACCAGCAAACGCGAGUACCUCGUGCCCACGCACUGGAUGAUUGAUGGGACGUGGCGCAAGGGCGUGCGGCCCAAGUUUAGCUGCAUGAAGGGUGGUGAUUUCCGCGAGAUCUCUGCCGCGCAAAAGGAUGUCCUCGAACGAUCGGUGGCGGAGGCGAAGAAACUGGAUGUGCUGUUUGACGAGCUAGAGGCCAAGGCCGAGGCUGCAAAGGCGGAGCCCAAGGCGGAGGAGCCCAAGACGGAAGAGCCCAAGAAGGUGGGGCCUAAGAAGGGGGUCUGA